AUUUUCUCCUUAUAUCCAUGUAUCUCGCGCAGACACUUGAUCAGAGUGCCUCCUCAGGCCAAAGACGCCUUACUACAACAUCCUGCCGUGUUUCGUACAAUAUCUAAACAAUAUGAUGGUCCCUAGAGCCUUUCUUUUCACUUCCCAUCAGCAGCAUGGUGAAGUGAAACCACGCAAAUCGGCAAUGGAUAUCUUUGCGGGUCAGGAUAUUCCUGGUCUUGAUUCUUUGACAGACACCCAGACACCACAUUCGAGCCCGGUCGUUAUCCCUCCGAAACGUGGCCCUCGCAUGACGUCGCUACACCAGGAAUACAAAGGCAACGGUUUAAAAUCACUGAGGAGAUCAAAGAGUCUUCGUAAAUCACCUUCUUCCGAGAAUCGUCCCCUGCCAAAUUCGAUUGCGUCGAUCCUUGAAGCCACCGCUAUUCCGGUCUCUCGCCGGAACAGGACAACUCGAGAGUCUCGGAGACUUCCUCGUGGGAAAAAUCAUGUGGAUAAUUUUAGCCAGAUGAUGAUGGAUGGUGUUCAGUCAAAAGAAGAUAGUUCGUCGAUGGAUGGGUCCGGUAACACCAUGCUUGACAUUCUACUCAGUCCCCCAGAGGAGAACGAAAAACCAGGGCUUGGAAAUGAUGACGAUUUGGAUACUCCCUCAUUUUCCGGUCGUUCUACUUCUUCAGACUCGGUGCCGUCGUUGGACCAUGAUAUGGAGUCGCCGUCCAGCCUUCUGCCUUCUACUCCCGGGAGUCAGAGAAGCCCUUUGGAAAAAAGGUAUCGACAACCAUCACAUUCAGAGGACUGUGCUUUCGACCACCCUCUUCUUGAAUCCGACUCGGAAUGCGAGCUGGAUCCUGUUGGCCAGGAAUCUGGAUUGUCGGAGACGGUUGCCCCGAAUUCUCCCAGUCCGUCUCGACCAUUCCCGCGGCUAGGGUCUACGUUCAAGUCUAAUCUCACGGCAUCAUUGCGGGCAAUCAAAUCUGCGGCGCAAACAGUAUCAACAUUUGCGACGCCUUCGGUUCAGCCCGACGAUUUUCUUACCCGGUCACUAUUUACGAUCAAACCGGAAUUGACGGACGACCGUCGGCCUCCCCCGAUGAACGAGCCGCCUUCUCCGGCCCUGCGACGGUAUCUGAACCCGGUCACUGUUUCACCUGCGGAGAUGCACGUCUACCAUGACUACCCGCACAGCUCUACUGACUCGUCACUCAAUUGCCCUGUUUCAAUCCAGAUGCAGACGUAUCACCGAGUGGGUCGCAGUCGUGGUGGUCGGAAGAGUAGAUUUCGCCUGGCUGGUGGAGAGGGCAGCGACCGACAGUAUUUACCUUUUGACCCGGAAAUCCCACCCAUGUCACGGCAACGAGAGCCCAGGGAAAACAGCCAUUUCCUACGGAUGGUCGUGCUGGAAAUGAACAUGAGGCGACGCGGUAAACUCCGGGACGACAUCCCCCCGCGGGCUAGGGUAUGGCUACCACCCCGCAAAGUCAAUUACCACGGCUACAAUGAGUACGACGAUGACGACGACGACAAUGAGAAUGCGGUCCCUCCGCGAUGGAUGGGCGUCUCCAUUGAUAGCAUGUAGCAUCGGGUAGCUACCCGAUGUUUUCUGUACAGCUUUUUAUUUCUUUUCUAUUUUUUGUUUUUAUUAUUUCUAGACACAACCGAGCGAGGCGUUGGGACAAGGUGUCAGCAUAGCCAGGCAUAUCUUCAUUUUGGCAUUCUUGAACACCAAUCAUUCUAUUUCCUGAUAAUCUGAGACCUGCAUAAUAUCAAUGUUCCAACUCACGUAACCGUAAUCUACAGACGAAUACCCCGCAAAAACC